AUGGCUCCUUAUCACACCUGCAAAUACCAAGAGAUCUACCAAACAUGGGUCCUGGGCUUGUUCUCUAGGGGCAUAGAGGAGUACAUCCCUGCCACCUUCUGUCACAUCCUGAUGCUACCCUGUGCCUUCCUGCUCUUACUUGGGGUGCCUCUUGCUCUAUUUCUGGUCUAUGACUCAUGGCUUCUGAUCAUUGUGUGCACUUUCAUCCUGCUCCUUUGCCUGUGGCUUCUGCUCAGAUACCUCUGGAGGCAGUAUGUGGUCACAUGUUUUCGCAUAGACCUGGCUGACAUCACCAAGUCCUACCUGAGUGGAUGUGGCUCCUGCUUCUGGGUGACUGAUCAUGGGGGCAGGUGGGUACGCAUGGUGGGUGCUCUGCCUGUGAAGGAUUCCCCAGUGGGGAGAAAGCAGUUGCAGUUCUUCCACCUGUCUGUGGCCUUGAAACACGGAGGAGAGGAAAUAGCCAAAACCCUGGUCAGGACUGUUCUCCAGUUUGCCCAGGACAAGGGCCACAGUGAAGUUGUUCUACAGACUGGAAUGUUGCAAUGCAGGGCCUUAGCACUCUACUAG